AUGAACUACUACACUGUAAAAACACUAGUUAGUAGAACUCCAGUAAUAACUAAUCGCCUUACUCAUGCAUGUCUUUUGCCCGGUGCCUACAAUGUGUUUGAGUAUGGCCUGGCUUAUGAGAGUUUGAAGAACGCCUGUCUGGAGAGGACAAGGAAGGGCGCCUUCGGCUCUAUUGCACCAUGCCGGCUUUUCCUCCCCAGCAAAAAGGAAAUCAGCCGCCCGGGGCCGACUCAGUACAAGGUGGAGAAAACAACUGAAGCGUUAUAUAAGAAACAGGGUACAGCUGCUUUUAAAUCUGCCACUGACAGACUUGUGGGUUCACUGUUCGCCAAAGAUACACCUCUGCCAGGCUCAUAUAACAUGAGCGAAUCGUUUGAGAAGAUACACGGCCUCCAUCACUACAGCGAGCCGCGGAGCAAGAAAGCACGCAAGCUACAGAGCUGCUUCCUGUCUGCCGCCCCCAGAAACCCCGCCUUCCUCCACUAUGACCCUGAAACCCCAGGUGACCAAAGCUUCGACAGUUAUUUAAGGAAUAUACGCUGACUUAAUCUUUAUGGCAUUUGUGGCCUGCUGUUAAACAGGAAAUCUUCCUUCAGAAGUCUAUGGGGUUAAACAU